AAGCCACGCACAAUCGCAGUGCAUCUCGGGUCGCGGUCGUUGGUAGUCGCGGUCCUUUCCGGUCGAGUCGCCCAACUCUGACCAGCGAAGAGGCAGGAACGAACUUGGCCCAUGGUGAAGGAGGCGAAAGAAAACGGAAGCGAAGAUAUCACGAAGAAAAAGGAAACAUAGGAUAAGGAUUUAUAUGGUACAGGGAUUUAUUUUUUAUAUAUAUAGAUAUAUAUAUUGGUGCUUCAACUCAGUGCUAUAAACGAAAAGGCCUUUCGAUACGUCUCGAAUGGGAGCGAUUUUCGACUAAUGCAUUGCUAUCGCACGGACACUUGCGCCUCGAUACAGACAUUGGAAAACUUCGGUCUGGAAGGGAAGGCUUCGUGACCUGUCGCUUGAAUCCCCAACUUGGCAAGGAAGAAGGCCGUGUAGGAGGACGCCGUUCCGAACGCCCGGCGCAGCAUGGGGUCGUUCCGAGGGCAGGCGGCCAGGGCGGCGGCGGCAGUCGUGGUGGCGCUGGCGGCAGCGUCGUCCCUGCGGCUGGCCGGCGGGCAACCCCUUGCUGAGAACACUGGUGCGGGCAUCACGUUGAUCGAGGCUGUGAAAGCGAACGACUUGGGUCUCGUGGCCGAACUGCUGGCAGGCGGCGCCGACGUCAUGCAGGUGGACAGCAUCAAACGCACCCCCCUCCACUGGGCGGGGCGAAUGGGCUACACAGAUAUCCUCAAACUCUUGUUAACUUAUAACCCGGACAUGGACGCAUUGGACAGAGACAGCUCAACGGCGCUGGGUCUGGCCAGGUGGCAGAAGCACACGGAGGCCGAAGCUGUGCUGGUGGCGAACAAGGAGCGCAACACCUUUGCUGGAGGUUGCCAAUACGACCAAGAACUUCACCUGAACGGAGACUCCUGGGCCACCGAAUGCCAUAACCAUGGGUGUGAGGAUAAAGUGGUUGUCUCCACGGUCAUUGAUACAUGCUGCAGCGUGGGCGAGGAGACGCAUGCCGACGGCGCGGCGUGGAGGAUCGGCUGCCACGAAUACCGUUGCGACGCGGGCGCAGUGGCCGAACCAAGUCUUCUGCCAUCGUGCUGCGAGAGCGAGGGCGAGGUCUACUCAGACGGCCGCUCCUGGACGAACGGCUGCUACGCCUUCACGUGCAACAAUGGCGUCACCAGUGAUCCCAGUCUGCUGGAUACCUGCUGCAAGGAUGGCGACGUAGUGUUCGAAGAUGGUUACGAAGCUCUGGAAGGAUGUCACGGCCUCACCUGCAGCGCCGGCGUGCUCGACCGACACAUCGCGCCCACGUGUUGCGUGGUGGGAGCCGAGGUCCAGGGAGAUGGCAGCACAUGGCAAGCAGGAUGCCACAACUAUACAUGCACAGAGGGGGUCGUAGAAACCAUCGCUGUUCUCGAAACAUGCUGUCAAGUUGAAGCAGAGGUGUACCCCGACGGCCACAGCUGGGUCGAGGGCUGCCACAACUACUCCUGCAUCGCCGGCGAGCUGGAGGAGCCGACCGUUCUCCCGACUUGCUGCGAGGCGGGCGGCCAGCUGCACCCGGACGGAGCGAUCUGGACGCUGGGAUGCCACCAGUACUCCUGCGCCGGCGGCGUCACGAGCCCUCCUUCCAUCCUCGAUACGUGUUGCGAAGUGGGAGAAGCUGUCUAUCCUGACGGACACAACUGGACCGAUGGAUGCAUGCAGUACACCUGUAAUGCGAGCUCCGUUGACACAUUGGCGAUCCUUGUCACGU